UUUGUCAACACUUUUGACAUUGGAACUGUUUUCUUCUAAAUGUUUACCAUCAGAACUCUGCAUUCAGAAGAGUAUUAGCAAAAAUUGUUUUAAUCAGUCACAGCGGCUCGUUGCAAGUAAAUAUUUCACUAUGAAGACGUGAAGACGAUGAAUACGUAAUGGACCAAACAUCAAACGCUACAUGACACCUACAAAACACAGUCGGACAAAACUGCUUUCCUUUGAAGGUCAAACGGGUUCCAUCGAACAAGUAUGGUUCAAUAGUGAACCUGCGGACGACGAACCAAAUGGGUAUUUCUACACAAAAACUGAAGAUGGAGUUGACAUCGUCGAUGGAAAGCCACCACCAGAAAUAUCAUUUUCCGACGAAGAAUCGUCGAAUGUCCUCAUCAAGUCCGAAAUUACAUUUGAUGCUUUUGAAUGCAUGCCAGCGUCGGACGUGCUUGAAAUCACGGAUGAUGCAGAGCCAGAGUUCAUUGACACACUCGGUGCAAAGGAGACCGCUGCCAUAUUGGACACCAAGAGAUCAGAGCAAGCGGACACCGGCAAGAGUUGGUUCAGUUGCGACGAAUGCGGAAAAGAAUUCAACAUGAAAGGUAGUCUCAACAGACACAAAAUGGUCCAUCUGGGACUGAAACCGUUUGAGUGCGACUAUUGCGGCAUGAGAUUCGCCCAAAAGUGUCACAUGAAACAACACCAGCUGACACAUCAAGGUGAUAACAUGAUGCCGUGCGAUAAAUGUGGAGUCAGUUUUGCGUCGAAGCGUGUUCUUCAGAAACAUCAACGGACACACAUGAAAACAGCGAAUUCGAAUACAUUCGCUUGCGAGAAAUGCGGAAAAGAAUUCAACCGAACAUAUAAUCUCAUCAGACACGAACGAUCCCAUUCAGGUGAGAAACCGUUUGAGUGCGACGAAUGUGGUCUCAGAUUCGCCCAGAAGUGUCACAUGGAGCAGCACCGACUGACACACAAAGGCGAUAAAGUGGUCCAGUGCAAUGAGUGUGGGGUCAAUUUUAUGUCGAUUCGCAGUUUGAGGAAACAUCAGUGGACACACAUAGAUGGAGGAUCCGUUGCCGAAAAUCAAUCGAAUGUCGAUACGGGUGGCCAAGUUGAUCAGCACGGCGCCGAUGAGAAGAAAACCUCCUGUAACCUGUGUGGAAGAAGCUUCAGCCGAAGACAUUAUCUGUAUGUGCACAAACGACGUGACCAUUCCGGCAAUUUGCCCUUCAGUUGUGACAUUUGUGAAAGGAAAUUCGUCGACGAGAAAACACUUACGCGACACGUGCUUUGCCAUUCAAGUGAUAAAUCUUUCGGUUGCGACAAAUGUGGUAUGAAGUUUAGACUGGAGACCUACCUAAAGAGACACAUUAGAACGCACUCGGACCAAACAAGUUUUAGUGGUGACCUGCACCCAUGACUAAAGUCGGGUUACAAAACUCGGGAUAAAAGUUGAAAAGUCUUGCUUCGCCUCGGAUCAACAAACGGAAACUCUAAUUUUCAUGUUUUUAUCCCUUAUCAUGUAAAUAACUAUUUAAAAAAGGAAAAUUCUUUGAAGAAGAAGAACCUUUGAAAGUUGAAGAAAGUCCUUAAAUUGGACAUAGUAAAUUCCAAGGUAAAUCUAUUGUGAAUUUACAGAGAACAGAAAAAAUCAUUCCGAAUUUUAACUCCAAAAAAGCCACCAGUUUAUUAUGUCCAACACUUUAUUACACCUGAAAUAAAUGACUUCUG